CACUUCUCUCUUCUGAAAUACAAACAAACAAACAAACCAUAUAACCAACACCUUCACCUCUACUCUAGCUAGCUGGCUACUAAUAAUAAACCACAAGAACAACCCAAAAUUCCAGUACUUCUUCGUCUCCCCUCUUAAAUUAAUCUAUCUCUUCCUUUUUCUUCAUUGGACUCCACCAAGACCUAAGAACAGGGUAGCCGCCAUGAUUUGCUUUGCCGGGAAGAAGAAAGGCAGCAGUGCUAAAGAAGGAGAGAGAGUGAAGCUACUGGAAGAGGAGUUGGAAGCAAUCAUGUACGACAGAGAGAAACAGAGCAAAGCCUAUGAGAGGGAUUUCAUGGUUUUUGCAUUCAAGGAAGCAGAGUGGAAGCAAGAGAAGAGGAAGCUCAAGGAGGAAGUGAAGAGGCUGAAGAAGCUCGUGGAAGAGAAAGAAGAGAUUGUCAAAGGGUUGGAAUUAGGUGGUGGGAACAAGAUGGUGGAAGAAUGUAAACAAAAUGUGGAGGAAGAAGAAGAAUGUAAUGCAUAUUGGCAAUGGCAACUCUCAGGUGGGACAGCCACUAACUUCUUGCUGCAGCAGAUGAGGGAGGAGAGGGCACUCAGAGAUGCUGCUGCCGAUAAAUGGAAGAAGCUCUACCUUGCCAUCAAAUCCGAGCUUGAUGAUCUCAUUCAGAACACUCAUCCUGGAGGUGGAUUGAUGUACCGCAGAGCAGCAGAGGAAGAAGAAAACUUGAUGAUACAGGAGCUGAAGAUGGAACUGAAGUUGAAGGAAGAGACGAUAAACGAUCUGAAAGCGAGACUCGUUGCCGCGGAGCGGGAAGAGUUCAACAGGGCACGGGAGGCAGACAUUCUGCGGCAGAGUUUGAGAAUCAUCGGCAGCAACAAGAAGCCGUCCAGCUUCGUCCCCGGCGGUAAAGGUAAACCCAACUUCUCGUUCGUCCGACGGGUUGUGAAAGUACGUAGGUAGCGGAUUAGGAGCAUUACAGCAGAAUUAAAGAAGACGGUGAUCAUUCAUCAGUGUAUAGAAUAGAAGGACAGCAAGUGUGCAUAAUGAUAAUGGUGAU